UCUGUCUAGACUUGUCUCUAGUCAAACCCGUCCCACCGACAGCCCACAGACUCCCUCGAUCUCCCCUGAACACUGGGUGGCGCUGUUUUACGCACAGCAAUCAAACUCAAAUCCUGUCUGAGGUGGAACUUUUUCUCUCUUUCCACGUUCAGUAAUCUGACACCCAAAAAGACUCCGAGCAGAAGGAUGGACCCUUAACUCGGGCUGCAGGGACGGGAGGAAAGAGCAGUCGUCCAACGAGCGCAGACGAGAGGGGCCGAGCAGAAGCGAGAACGCUGUGCGCAAAAAAACAACCCCGUGGCUGCGGCAGCUGAGAGAGGAGCAGAUCUGGGUGCCUGCGCGUCCCCCUAGAAAAAGAACUGGCCCCGACGGAGUCAAAUGAUCUCAAAGAGACAAGUUUCACUUUCCACAGGCGGAUGGGUGACUUUCCACGGCGCUUUGUGAGGAGGAGAUGAUGAAGAAUUUCAGCGGCAGUACCCUUCACAGCAACAACCAGACUCCAAACCACAUCAGAGAGCGAAACAACAGAAAGUACAGCAGCUUACUCUCUGCGAUACCGUUGCGAUUUUCCCUGCGAGGUUAUGGUUUCUGCAUGGCUACGCUCUUCUUCUUCUGUUUCGGCUCCCUUUUUUAUCAGCUGAACGGAGGACCCCCGAAAAUCCUGCUGGACAUCCGACAGUAUCUCGGGGUGUGUGGGAAAAAUCACUGGUCAGUCAAAAUGGCCGCCGGCAGGCUCUUUAUCCAUAAGGGCAGGCUAGCAAGACAGCUGGUGUCGUGCCCUCAUGUCCACAAGGCGAGACGAGGUGAAUCCACAUAUCUUGAUGACCACGGGCCCCCUCUUCCAAGAGUGCUCCCAUUCCCCUCCCAGGUGGUGUACAACCGUGUGGGGAAGUGCGGUAGCCGGACGGUGGUCAUCCUGCUGAGGUUACUGGCAGAGAAACACCAGUUCAACCUGGUCUCCUCAGACAUCCACAACAAAACACGCCUCACCAAACAUGAACAGGUGGAUCUCAUGAAGAACAUCAGUAACAUCCCACAGCCUUUCCUCUAUACGCGGCAUGUUCACUUCCUUAACUUUACCAGGUUCAGGAUAGAGCAGCCCGUCUACAUCAACAUCAUCCGGGACCCCAUCAACCGGUUCCUCUCCAAUUACUUCUUCCGUCGCUUCGGUGACUGGAGGGGUGAGCAGAACCAUCUCAUCCGCACGCCGGGGAUGAAGGAUGAUGAGAGAUAUCUGGAUAUCAAUGUGUGCAUUCUAGAAAACUAUCCUGAGUGCUCAAACCCUAGAGUUUUCUACAUUAUUCCCUACUUCUGUGGACAGCAUCCUCAAUGCAGGGAGCCUGGAGUUUGGGCUCUUGAAAGGGCCAAACAAAAUGUCAUGGAGAACUACCUCCUCGUGGGUAUCCUGGAGGAGCUGGAGGAUGUUCUCCUUCUGUUGGAGAGGCUCUUACCUCAUUACUUUACUGGAGUACUCAGCAUCUACAAGAGCCCUGACUACAGGAAAAUGGGAAACAUGACAGGCACCGUACGCAAACACACGCCCACUUUAGAAGCCCUGCAGGUACUCUACCACCGCAUGCGCUACGAGUACGACUUCUACAAUUUCAUCCGCGACCAGUUCCACCUCAUGAAGAAAAAAAUUGGCCUCAAGUCAGUCUCCCAGCCCACAGCCUACUCACCUGCUUUCCUCAAAGAGCUGGCCCUCCGAACCCCAGAGCCUCUGGAUGAAGACGAGGAGCUGGACACAGACCUGGAGGAUGCCAACAGCUGGCUGGUCCAUCCCUGAGGGCUGUUUGACAAACAGUGGAUGUAGCCAAAAGGAGCUAAUUGGCUAGAAUUGGCUGGAAAAAAGCUGGAGGCAGCCUGUGGGCAAAAGGGGGAGCAGUCCCCAUCUUUCAGCAUUCCCUACAAAAAGUGAGGUGUGUUUUGGAGUUUGUGUGGAUCCUGACACUCGUGUUUGCACGGGCACUGCUUUCCAAUUGCAAAAGACUCUGACUCAGCACCAAGGACUAUAGGGUUGGGUGUUAAAGGACAAAAUGUUCUAUUUAAUAAUAUACCAAGAACAAUGGGAAACAAUGCAACGCUCAAUGUGCUUGAUCAAGUUUAAUUUGAACUUGUUUUUGGGUACCCUUUAAUAAAAAAGCAUCAGUGCUGUAAUCUCCAGGAGAGAUUAAUGCAAGUUUGGAUGAUUUCAUGUGUUGGGAAAUAUUCUAAGUUUGUUGCUGCAGCAGAGGACCUCAGAGACAUUGACCAUGAGAGAGGAUUGUUCUAUGAAAGGGUGAAUGUCCUUAAAGCUGGAAUGGGAGAUGGUAUCCACAAAUAAAGAAGUACCAAAACCCUUUUUUGUAUAUUAGUUAUCUAGGACUGUUGUAAGUGCCAAAUCUCACUUAAGAGUUCCAGGAACUGGCAGGAACCUUUGUCAGUUGUGACGGUAUUGGUUGAAAGAGUUUGUUUGAGUUGUUAGAUAUUAUUAGGUAUAAAUGAGGGUUAAACGGUAAGCACUCGGUUAUGAAUUCAGAGAAUUCCAACAAAGUGUGCAUGAAUGAUCAAGUUUGACCAGUGUAUUUUAGCAUAAAUUUAUCAUUUUGAAGGGGUAUUUUGUUGGGAAAAUGGGCUUGAUUUGAAGUCAAACACUUAAAAGAGCAUUUAUGGCGCAUAAUUUGUUUAACCCAAAGUUUAAAAGUUUGCCAAAUAUCGGUGUUUCUACUGCAAUGCAUUGCGAAACUGUACGAAUAUACUGCACUUUUUCUGAGGUGACUUUUCCAGAAAUUCAGCCGCCAAAUGGUCACGAAACUGGAAACUAAAUUGCCUUUAAGUUCAAACCGGAUAAUCUUACUGUUUAAAGGUUUGUUUUUGUGUUGCUAGUCCAAGCUGACACUAACUUUAUUUCUCCAGCAGCUAUUCAGAGUGCAUGUAUUUUUUUAUUACUCAUGUAAAACCAUCCAGAGAGCAGUAACCAUAAGCUAACGUGUGACCAUCAUCCUAAUACUUCUCUCUAUACCAUCCUAAUCUCUCUUCAUUGUUCUGGUUUGUGUUCCGUGUUUCCUUAUUUUGCCAGUUUUAUUUAUUAUUUUGUAUUCAUUUGCAUUCCAGAAGAGAUUCUCAGGAAGGAAAAAAAUGUUUAAUAACUUGAUCAUUUGUAUCUUUUGGUUUCUGGCGGCUAUGAAACUACUUUUUUGGCAUUUAAAGUGUGUUCAGAAAAAGUUUAUAUCAACAGCUGAAAAACUGGUUAACAAUAACUGAUGCAGUCCAUAAUUUUACCGUCUUCAAAUAAAUGUCCUCUAACUAUUGCA